AUGAAAAGAAUAUUUGAUAAACGUAAAGAAAAUGAUGCAAAAAUAACUGAUGCAGUGCAAGGUAUCCAGGAAGCUGCAAAUGAAGAUGUGUUAAAAGAUGAAUACAAAAAAGUCAAAACUAGUGAAUUAUAUAAAAAAACUAAAAGUCAAGUUAUUAUUGACAAUCUGUACAAAAGAAAAAAUGUCUGUUUUAGAAUUGAUAAGAGUUUGAAUAUCUCUGAGACAAAUAAACUAAUACUUAAAUGUAAACUCGCCAAAUUAAUUCCUAAUACUAUAGAAGAUGGUGAUGAUGAUAAUAAAUUAGCAAAUUUGGAAAUAGAUUUAGAAAGGUGUAAAAAAGAAAUUUCAGAUAAAGAAGAAAUUUUAGACAAAAAAGAAAUUUUAGAA